UGUCUUUACCAGUCAUGGAAGCAUUGUGGAAGAUAUGUUUUAUGUUCUUAGGAGCUCUGUUAGGAUCCACUGUGGCGGUCAGAAACUGUGACGUCAAAUUACCAGAUAAAUGUUACACUGUCCCAGACAAUUCGCUGGGAUGGUCAGAAGCCCGGAGCAAGUGUCAAGAACUUGGUGGUGACUUGGCUGUUCUUGAGAGUGAACACGUCCGUGAUGCGGUCAACGUACUUGCAAAAAGUGGUGCCAAACUGUGGAUUGGAUUACGUAAACCACACGGUAACGGGAGACCACUCUGGGUAGAAACAACCAUACCAUACAAAGAGAACAAAGCAUAUCCCUGGGCGCGAUCACCAUCUAGCGACGCUGAGUGUGUAAUGGGUGUAGGUAACAAUGAACAUGUCUUUGAAUGGCAGUUUUCGGAUUGCCGAAAUGCUGAAUCCUUUCUCUGUGAAGUUACAGAAUCAGACGAUGCGUUACAUAUAGUAAAAAGAAAAACCAAUAAAGCCAAAUCUACUAGACGGACCCAUAGAAACCCAUCCGUUGAUAAUAUUCUACGAAUCAAUCGCGAUUUGAAUUUAUUUCAAGGAGAUAUAAAGCUGACAGAAGAACAAGAAAGAAGACAUAGUGCAGGAAUGCCCAUCUUGUCCAAUCAUGAAAAAAGAGGCAUCACAACUAAUGACUACUUGUAUUGGCCUGGUAAUGUUGUUCAUUACGUAUUUGAUGAAGAAACUACCAGUGAAGGCAGCCCAAUUAGCGAAUUCGGGAGAGGAAUCAUACGGGAUGCAUUGGACGACCUUGAAGCAGAAACAUGUUUAACAUUCACAGAAGGCGUGGCAGACAAUUAUAUAAGUAUGUUCAAUGGCGGCGGAUGUUGGUCAUAUAUUGGGAAAAUUGGUGGAAAGCAGGAGUUGUCACUUUACGACGGAAACAGCGGGUCGUGCUGGUGGGAAGGAAUUAUACAACACGAAGUUCUUCACGCCUUGGGAUUUUUCCACGAACAAUCGCGUUACGAUCGAGAUGACUACAUUGAAAUCAAAUGGGACAAUAUAAAGUCUGGGACUGAGGGCAACUUUGCUAAGGAGUAUAACAUGAAUCUCCAAUCCACUAUGUACGAUUAUGGUUCACUUAUGCAUUAUGGUCUAUACGACUUCGCCAUAGAUCCUGCAUUACCAACGAUGGUUAUGCUUCAGGACUAUGACGGAGAAGUUGGUCAAAUUAAUGGUCUUAGUCUGACUGACAUAGUGGAGGUUAAUGGCAUAUACAGCUGUUAUGAAGGACCAGGAUGGUCAGAAUGGAGUGCCUGGUCAGACUGUACACAAACAUGUGGAGGCGGAUCUCAAGAUAGGUACAGAACGUGCGGGGAUGAGUCAUGUGAGGGUUCUAACAUAGACACCCGUACAUGUAUGAUAGUUGGUUGUCCACAGUUUACCGGUUACAUAUAUGACGGAUGCUGGAUACUCCCAGAAUCACUACCAUCAUUGGAAGGCACAGGUAACCCUCAUCUAGAUGGAGAAUAUGCAACACGAACCGACAAGGCCUUGAAAUGUGCUAGUGCUGCUACACACGUGGAAGAACUAUAUUUCGCGCUUGGUGAUGGUGGAGCAUGUUAUGCCUUUUCCGACUACGGACUGCUCACAUCCGCUGGCUCGUCCGAUGAGUGUGUUGAAGGACUUGGAACCGAAAACUCUAUCGACGUCUAUCAAUUACAAACUUUCACUUGUCCUUUCGGGAACCCUUACGAGUUCGAAGGUGAUAUGGUAUUUUGUGAAGUUCCCGAUGGAGGGCCCGUUGUACCGUUCCUUGAUUCCUGUCCUGGUGGGUAUUCCUGCACGCAUGUGAGUGGUGACACCGAUGACCCAAUAUCGGUAUGCUGCCCCAUACGUUACUGUGGAGACGUUUGCGGUGGAGUAAUUGAAGAGCGUUUAUGUUACUGUGAUAACUUAUGCCACUCAUGGGGGGAUUGUUGUCCUGAGUAUAUAGAUGAUUGUGCAGAAACCGCAAACUGCUAUGGCUCUGGUGAUCCUCACUACAAAACAUUCGAUGGCACCUACUAUGAUUACCAAGGUGAAUGUGAAUACAUUUUGAUGACCGAUGGAUGUAACGAUCAAUCAAAAUUUGCGGUGAUCGUGGACAACGAUUUAACUUCGCCUGGGUCAACUGUGACGUACACUAAACAAGCACGAAUUGAAGUUUAUGAUAUGGUAAUAGAGUUACUUCCAUUAAAAGAAGUGAAGAUUGAUGGUACCACGGUCUAUCCACCAAUCACGAUGAAUUACUUAACCAUAAAAGACGUUGGUUUGUAUCUGGUGGUUAAUAUUGGUUACGGUUUUCGUGUUUCUUGGGAUGGAUGGUCUGUGAUACGAGUUGACCUGGUUUCUGACUAUCUUGAAAAAGUGUGCGGUCUCUGUGGUUGGUUUAAUAACAAUCCAGAUGUUGACUUCGUCACGUCUGCUAUGGAGCUGACAUCUGACGUUUACGUGUUCGGCAACAGCUGGGAAACUAUUGAAGAGUGUAUACCAGAGGAAGGCGGAAGCGACAGUUACAGUGAUGUCACGGAUACAACUCGAAGAUUUGUAGAUGUUGGUCCCUGCGACUUAAACUCGCAAAAUGCAGAUCAGGCACUUGACAUAUGUACAUCACUGAUAGGAGCCUUACCAGAGUGUGCCGGUACACUGCCUCCAGAAGUGUUCAUUGACGCAUGUAAGAUGGAUCUAUGCGACUCACUUCCAGGAGACGAAGCCGGUGGUUGUGCCGUAUUGGCAAGUUAUGUUGCACUGUGCCAGAAUGAAGGAAUUGUGAUAAGCGAUUGGCGAUAUAAUACUGCAUGCGAAAUUGACUGUCCGGUGAACAUGAUAUACAAAACAUGUGGUCCGGCGUGCCCUGCAACCUGCGAUGAACCAAACCCUGUCGGAGAAUGUACAACGCAAUGUGUAGAGGGGUGCUUCUGUGAAGAUGGGCUAAUCUUCGACACAGGGGGUAUUUGUAUUCCACAAUCCAGUUGUGGAUGUUACAAGAAGGAAACACGAUAUUUGUUUGGUGAACAAUUACCCAAUGGUGAUACGUGUAAUUGCGAAUUUCCAGACACUGUAUGCAGUGGCUGUCAUUUCUAUGAGGUCCAUAUGGAUAAGGCUAACUGGGAAACGGCGAAAGCAAACUGUGAGGCAAAUAAUGGUCGGUUAGCUAAACUGAAUACGAAAGCUAUAUGGAAUCUGGUGCGGAGAUUUAUUAUGGAUAAUGGAUAUAGUAACGUACUGAAAGGAUUCUGGUUUGGGCUCGAUGAUAUUAUUACUGAAGGGCAAUUCGUCUGGUCAGAUGGAACGCCACUAUUACCGGGUGAUUUCACAAAGUGGGCACGAAAUCAACCGUCAAGUAAACCACUGAAAGCUGCCGUUCAAGACUGCGUACAAAUGUGGGAUAGAAGAGGAUUGAAAUGGGAUGAUGAUAAGUGCGUUAAAGAGAAGGGAUAUAUAUGCGAGUACGAUAAUGCUUGCUUUGAGCCGUAAGUGAAAACGCUGACAUAGUGGUAGUGGUCUUACAAAUGAAGAAUGGCAAUACAAAAUGCGCUAUAUAACGAUAUUUUAAGACAGUUUAUAUUGUGUUUGUUUGUUUGUUAUUUGUUUAUUUCAUUACUCACUUAUAUCGAUUUAGACGUACACAAAAAAAAAUAAACCAUGACAUAGCAAUCAACA